ACAGGAAGGUUACAGGGUAGAGUCACAGAGACACAGCAAGGAGACAAACCACAGGGAUACACUGAACAGCACGAUCGACAGAUAAAGGCAUGCUACAGCUUAACAGCUGUCCUGGCAGAAGGGACCCGACCAUGCUGCUAUUCUGAUUCAGGGGAUGGCAUCUACAGGGUGUGGAGGUGUUCCAGAGUCUGUGCCAGAGGCAGGGACUAGUGCUGGGCCCGGGCCAUGGGCAGGCAAGGAGUCAGACGGUGGGAGGAGGCUGUCGUGGCCGGUCUUGCUGCUGACUUUGGCUGCCGUCACCUCAUCCUCCCUGUCGGCCCUGUGUCUGUGUCACCUGCUGGCCCUGCAGGCGGAGGUGGAGGACUUGCGCUCCCCCUCCAGGAGAGAAGGGCAACGAGAUGCGAUGCACAGGGAGGCACUGCAGCAGGUAGAUAGCAGCCCAGGAGCCAGGAGGGGCUGCCCGGACCCACUCCUCCCUCCAGACGCCUCUCCCCAUCCAGAAUUCCCUCACCCCCAGCCCGUAAUCAGCAAAAGGAGUGUGGACGCAGGGACGGAGAAAGUGUCUCAAUCCUGCCUACAGAUGUUGGCUGACAGCAAAAGAACAACUUUCCAGAAAGAGUUUGCGUUGGAGGAGCACAUAGCAAUCCCUUGGCAGGCGGGGCUUAAAAGAGGCUCCGCCCUCGAUGCGGAGAGUGACACCAUGGUUGUCAGAGAGGAGGGAUACUACUUUGUCUACAGCCAGGUGUACUAUAGGGACCCGACCUUUGCCAUGGGCCACGAGGUGAUCAGGAGGAAGAGGACCGUGGUCGGAGAUGAGCCUCAGAACGUCAUUUUGUUCCGCUGCAUCCAAAACAUGAACCCAGUCCACCCUUACAACACCUGCUACACAGGGGGUAUUGUCAGGCUGGAGGUGGGAGACAGGGUGGAGCUUCUGAUUCCCAGGUCCACAGCCAUCAUCUCCCUGGAUGGAGACUCUACCUUUCUGGGGGCCAUCAGACUGGCCUGACCCACCCGGGUGAUCUUGAACCUGGGAUCACCCAGCCCCUGAUGGAGGGAGGCUUCAUAAUAAAUGAGCUCUUUUAACCUCUGUGGGGACCUUGGUUUUACCAGCAGCAGCAACAAGAAACAACAGACACUGAUGAGAUGAUAAGACACAGAGCUGGAGAUCCACGCAGUUGAAGCUGGCUUGUUACAGGAAGCCAUAAUUGGAAGCAUGGGAAGUCACUGUGGGAGUGGACUAAAACAGCUGGGACAAAGCUAACAGCACGCUGCUUAUCUACGUCGUUCAGCUAAUUCGCGGCUUAUUUGUGCUUUUUAAAUAUGUUUUUACCUUCCAAUUUGAAGUUGAUGAUAACUAGUGGUGGGCAUAGAUUAUUUUUUUAAAUCUUGAUUAAUCUCACUGUAAUCUUGGGGUUAAUCUAGAUUAAAAUGGCUCAUUUGAAUUCCGCCGAAGGCAUUCAGAAUAUGUGUGCUAAUGACUAAAAGUAAGUCUUUGAGAACGGGUUUCUCAAGCCAGGUGGCGCAUUAGACCAGGAGCUCAUCUCCUGUUUCCAAAAUGCAUCACAAACUGCUUGAGAAAGCUGUUCUACUAUGAUAAUUGGUGAUGAAAAUAAAUUAUGUUCAAUAAGA